AUGGAGACCACGCUGCUCCUCAAUGUGGAAGGGAUCAAGAAGACGAUCCUGCACGGAGGUUCAGGGGAGCUCCCCAACUUCCUCACUGGGUCCCGGGUGACCUUUCAUUUCCGCACGACGAAAUGUGAUGAGGAGCGCACGGUGAUCGAUGACAGCAAGCAGGCGGGCCAGCCCUUGCACAUCAUCCUGGGGAACAUGUUCAAGCUGGAGGUGUGGGAGACCCUGCUGACAUCCAUGCGGGUCGGGGAGGUGGCCGAGUUCUGGUGUGACACCAUCCAUACAGGGCUCUACCCUAUCCUGUCUCGGAGCCUGCGGCAGGUGGCAGAGGGCAAGGACCCCACAGGCUGGCACGUGCAUACGUGCGGGCUGGCCAACAUGUUCGCCUACCACACGCUGGGCUAUGAGGACCUGGACGAGCUGCAGAAGGAGCCACAACCCUUGAUCUUCAUGAUAGAGCUGCUGCAGGUGGAGGCCCCGAGCGAGUACCAGAGGGAGACGUGGAACCUGAACAAUGAGGAGAGGAUGCAGGCAGUGCCCAUCCUGCAUGGAGAAGGGAACCGCCUCUUCAAGCUGGGCCGCUACGAGGAGGCCUCCACUAAGUACCAGGAGGCCAUCAUCUGCCUGAGGAACCUGCAGACCAAGGAGAAGCCCUGGGAGGUACAAUGGCUGAAGCUGGAGAAGAUGAUCAAUACUCUGGUCCUCAACUACUGCCAGUGCUUGCUGAAAAAGGGCGAGUACUACGAGGUGCUGGAGCACACCAGUGACAUCCUCUGCCACCACCCAGGCAUGGUGAAGGCCUACUACGUGCGCGCCCGGGCCCACGCCGAGGUGUGGAACGCGGCCGAGGCCAAGGCGGACCUGGAGAAGGUUCUAGAGCUGGAGCCAUCCAUGCGCAGGGCGGUGCACAGGGAGCUGGGGCUGCUGGAGACCGCAUGGCUGAGAAGCAGGAGGAGGAGCGGCUGCGCUGCCGGAGCAUGCUGA